UGGACGAUGGCUGAAGUUCUUGCUGGACAACACUGCUCUGUCAAAAUUUGUAAACAGCUAGAUUUUCUACCAUUUACCUGUGAUGGAUGUGGUCAGAUAUUCUGUUUGGAUCACAGAAGCAAAGACGCUCACAGCUGCUCCAUGGUACUCGUAGACAAGACCCUACCAGAUUAUGAGGGACCAAAGUCCUACCCAUGCUCCAUGCCAGACUGUAAGGGGAGAGAACUGAUGGAAGUGAUCUGUCCACACUGCCAGUUGAAUUUCUGCCUGAGCCAUCGACAUCAGGUAGAACAUGACUGUGAAAAGUUAAACAGGGGCCCUCCUCCUGUGUCAAAAACUGCCGAACACGUGAAGCAAAUCUUAGAAGCCAAACAGAACCAGCCUCCAAAAGCCAGGAAAGGUCGGGGGCCAAAAUCCAGUAAGACAGCUGCCAAAGUGGCUCUGAUGAAACUAAAAAUGAAAGCUUGUGGAGACAAGGGGCUACCUGAGACGGAGAAGGUGUACUUUAAUGUGGCUCUUCCGCUAGAUGGACCUGUCAGACAUAAGGCCAUGUUUUUCUCCAAGACAUGGAGCAUUGGUCGCAUUAUUGACAACAUUGCGACUUUGUGUGACCUGCGUAACGACAACAACACAGCAGCUCUCAAGAAGCUGCGACUAUUUGAUGGAGACAGUGGAAGGUUGUUGUUAACAAGUGAGUGCGUGGACAGUUUUCUCAACAAAGAGGAACUUUUUAGUGGCUCAACAGUAAUAUUGGAGUAUGUGAACGAGGGCAUAGAUGUAAUAGACAAUACAGAUGUUUACAGGUAACA